AAAAAAAAAACAAAAAAUUUUUUUUUUUUCUUCUUUGCCCAAUUCAACGCGCCAGGUUUCAUUUGAUGAUACUCACGAGGCUUAUAGCAUUUAAAAUUAAAAAAUUAUUUUAUUUGAAAUGACACCAUCAAUAAUAAAUGAAAUACAUAAAGAACCUGAUCGUAUGUCUAGCACAAGGUCCUCUUCAUUACCAGAAAAUAUGCUUAAUAUAAGGUCAUCUUCAUUACCAAAAAAUUUACCAAACACAAUGUCAUUACCAGCAAAUUUACUUAACACAAAUUCAACUCCAUUACCGACAAAUUUCCCUAAUAAAAGGUCUGCUUCUUUACCAUCGAUUUUACCUAAUUCUUCAUCUUUAUCAUCUUUCAUUAAUAAUGAAAGAAGUAAUAAUAAUGAUGAAAUUAUAAUUAGUUCUAUAAAAGAAAAAAAUUCUCGUAGAUAUGCUACAUACGAUCUUAAUUGGAUUAAUACGGAUGAUCAUAUUGACCUCGAAAAUUCUGUAAAUCCUAUAAUAAUACCUACUUCAUCUACUUCUUUAAUACAAGAAGAUUUUUUCCCUUCCUCUCCGCCAAUAAUAUCAUCACCAAUAUCACCGAUUGUUGAAAUAAAUAAUGAUUAUGACUAUUCUGAUAAUGAAGAAAAAUAUUCAUUUCCUGGAGGAAUUACUGUAACAACUGUUAAAGUGGUUCAAAUUGAUGAACGUACUUCAUUAAAUCGUUCUUCUAAAAUUCCUUUGCCCAAAAAUAAAAUUAUUUAUAAGAAUGAAAUAAAUAAUACUUAUAAUAUAUUUAAAAAUCAAAUAACUAUAAAAAAACAAAAAAAAUCGACAACUGAUAAUAAUAAUAAUAAUAAUAAUAAUAUAUUAUCACAAACUAUAAAAGAAAGAAGAAAAACUAGAAUAUAUAAUAAUGUUGAACAGGAUAAUAUUGCUCAAUUUAAGAUUUUAAAUAAUCAUAAUGAACGAAAAUUUAAUAAUGUAGUAAGAAGAUCAUCUUCAAGACGUAAAUUAGGUGUUCAAUAUAAGAAAUCAUAUAAAAAACGUCAAUUUCAAUCACAAGAAAGAAUGAUACCUGCUCCUACUUCAAAUCCUUUCUAUACAAAUGAUCCAACAGAUAUGGAAGGUGAUGACGUUAUACUAAGUCCAACAACAAAAGGAUUUCCAUGGUUACCAGUUCCUAAUGGUCCACCAAAAUUACUUCAUGCGUCACUUGUUCCUUUAAGUCAAUUUAUUAAAAAUAUAGAAACUACUACUACAUCUGAUGUUCCACAUUCUAAAUCGAAACGAAAGUCUGUUGAAUCAAUGUCAGCUCCUAAACCUAAAAGACCAUCACAAUUAUUUAGACAAAACUUAUUAGAACAAAGUAUUGCUUUAUCAUUUAAUGAAAUGGCGAUGAGAAGUUUUGCUUCUCAACCUACUCAAAUUACUCAAAUUGCAAAGUCUACUCAAUCUGUACAAUCUUUACAUAAGUCAAAACGAAAGACAGUAGAAUCAAUUUCAGCUCCUAAACCUAAAAGACCAUCACAAUUAUUUAGAGAAAAUUUAUUAGAACAAAGUGUUGCCAUGUCAUUUAAUGAAAAAGCAAUGGGUAGAAAUGUUUUAACUUCUCGAUCUACGCAAUCUACACAAUCUACGCGAUCUACACGAAAAUUAGACGUAGAACAAAUAGAAUCAAUUUCAGAACCUCAACCUAAAAGACCAUCACAAUUAUUUAGAGAAAAUUUAUUAGAACAAAGUGUCGCUAUGUCACUUGAUGAAGUAAUAAUGGGAAGAAAUGUUUUUGCUACAAAUAGACAAUCUCUUAACUCUAAAAUACCCAGACGUAGAUUUUCGAGGAGAGGAAGUAAUGCUAAAUUUAGAAAUGAAAAAUCUGAGAAAAAUAAAAAAGGGAAAAAUAAAAAAGAUGAUGGCAGUAAUCAAAGAGAACAGAUAAAACAAGAAACGAUAAAUCCGAUGGUGAUUUCAAAUAUAUUAGAAGCUGAUGAGUUGAAAACAAAGGUUGAAGAGCAACUUCGUAAAAGAGCGGUUCUACAAUCUCCUCAACCACCUCCAAGACGUCUUACACCAUCAACGUCAACGACUGAUUCACGAAGAGAAGUAAUUGUACGGAGACGAUCAAAAAGUACGAAACUUGAAAAACGUUUAAUUAAACCUGAACCAUCAUCAUAUAGGGAUAGUGUUCAACCAUUCCCAAACCAUUUAGCUAAACGUAAUAAAUCUAUGCGAUGGCAUUAACACUUUUUUUAUCAAAAUAAUUCAUAAAAAAAGAACAAUUGGACAAUUAAUAUAUUGUAAAUUCUUGUUUAUAUUAUAUGUUUUUGUAGUAGUUUUUAUUAUUUCAUUAUAUUUUAUUUCAUUUCAUAAUUUUAUCUCUAAUAUUGAACAAUUUUUUUUUUUAUAAAUAUUUUCUUUUCUUCCCUAUUUUUUUUAGUUAAUAUUUUUGGGUAUUAUUUGUUUCAUGUCUUUUUCUGGAUGUAUAUUUUUCGCGUUACUUUCUUUUUUUUGGCCGAAUUUCUGUAGAAAAAAUUACAUGACCUGACGCAGAAGUGAACGAUAAUGGCUAAUAAUGCCACCAAAAAAAAAACAAUGAAAAAA